AUGAGCAAUAAUCAUCUAGUACCAAACAAUACCCGAUUUUCUAGAAGAAGUGACUAUAUUGUACAUCAAAAUUGUAGAGGUCAUGAUAGUAGAAGAAUCUAUAACAAGAAUUAUGAUCGUAAUAGAACUUCUACUCCUAAAUCAGAAGUGUCAAAUGCAAAAGUUAUUCCUAAAGAUGAUCUUAAGAUACCUAUUCGCCAAGUCCCAUUAUGA